AUGUACAACCUUGCAAUUGACAAUAAACAAUGUUGUGGCAAGAUCACUGUCACGCGCAAUGGGAACAUUAAAAGGUACGUGUGUGCGUAAAGUUCAUUUGUGUGCGUAAAAUACUUCGAAUCGGUUAUUUUACGCACGUAAAAUAUAUCGACAUGUCCGUCAAAUCUAAUAAGUAGUCUGUUUUAUUGAAGUAGUUGACAUUAUAGAAUGAAUUAUUUUAUGAAUGUGCUCUACAAAGCAAGACUUCGCCUAGGCACCGCAUUUGUAAAAAUACAAAGUAAAAUCACGGAAUAACCAAACGUGCAUGACGCACACACUCAUAAAAGGAAAACUGUCCAUUUGACAGUUAUUACUAGUUGUAAAAUUAUGCUACAGUAUUAAACACACGAAACCUACUACAUGAGUGGACAUGCAGUUUGACUCAUAACUAUUACAUUCUAUUACAUGCGUUGUUAGAAGUAACAUUCAAUUAUUGUUCAGAUAAACAACAAAAUGCCCAUCAUUUGAAUGUCACACAGUUUGUAAAGUCACAGGUGUCACACUAGUGACAUUAGUCUCCUUUCAGGGAUUCCAACUGAUGAGGAACAGGCCACUGGACUUGAGCGACGUGCCUUGCAGGUAUUGAAGAAGGGAAAGGUCAUAUCUAAAUAAUAUCAUACAUUUGUUUCAACCUAUUGUGCUAUUUGAUUCAAUUCAAAUAAAAUUGAUUUGAAGUCCUUUUUCUAAAUAAAUAAAAAUCAGGAUCCUUGGAGCAUUCUGAAACCCAAUGAGUAUGCUGGAACCAAAAAAGACCCUCACAUUGUCCCAGGCAUUAGUGACAAGCGGCUGGUAGGCUGCCUGUGUACGUACCAUACUGUCAUGCUUUACAUGUACAUUACAUUUUUUCAAAUGGCAUUUUUUUUUGCCAACACUUGUGUCAUUAUGUACCACAGGUGAAGAGGACAACACUGCCAUUGUGUGGUUCUGGCUCCAUGAGGGGAAGCCCCAGCGCUGUCCCGAAUGUGGGUCCCACUACCAGUUUGUCCGUCAUGAGCUGCCCCACUGA